AUGUCCGAAGUAUCCAUCAAAAAAGGCACUUUCAGCCUCGCAGGCCUUCUUUACAACCCUGUCGGACAGUCUGGCAAAACACCGGGCCUGGUUAUCGUUCAUCCCGGCGGCGGUGUCAAAGAGCAAACUGCAGGAACAUACGCGAAAAAGCUUUGCGAUGCCGGUUUUACGACGAUUGUCUACGAUGCGGCCUUCCAAGGUGCCAGUGGAGGAGAACCUCAUCACCUGGAAGAUCCAAACGAACGCGUGAGCGAUGUCUAUGCUGCCAUCGAUUUUCUGCAGAAUCUUGAAUCUGUGGACUCGAAUAACAUCGGUGUGCUGGGUAUCUGCGCCGGAGGUGGCUACGCUGUAGCCGCGGCGAAGGCGGACCACCGACUGAAAGCUGUUGCCACAGUCAGCAUGGUAAACAUCGGAGACUCCGCGCGACUAGGCUGGGAUGGUGAUGAGGAUGCAUCCAAACAAAUCGACUCUUUACGUGCAGCGGCAGCCCAGAUCACAGCCGAGGCGAAAGGUGCUGAGCGUGCCAGUGCGCCAUAUGUACCUCCUCAGUCUGACGAGAAGACUCCUCGAGACAUGAAGGAGGCUAGUGACUAUUAUCUUACUCCGCGGGCACAGCAUCCCCGUGCUGCAAACAAAAUGCUAUAUCUUAGCUUUCCCCGCGUGCUCACCUUCGACGCUUUCCACCUGGCAGAUGUUUUUCUCAAGCAACCUGUUAUACUCAUCGCCGGUUCGGAUGCGGGAUCUUUAUGGCAUACCAAUAAGUUGGACAAGCUAAUUGGCGGCGCGACCAAGAAGGUCAUCGUCCCAAAUGGAGCUCAUAUGGACUUUUAUGACAACGAAGCCUAUGUGGGACCUGCUGUUAAGGAUGUUGCUGAGUUUAUGAAAAAUCAUUUAGCCUAA